GGCGAAGAAGAAGAAGAAGAAGAAUAAUAUCAGAAGAAGAAGGAGAAGGAGGAGGAGAGUCGAGAGAGAACUGAGUGUUGAAAGCCGAGAGAAGGUGCAAGACUUGCGUUGCACGAGAGAAAAUUUUCCGAAUUGUGCACUGCAAGGAGCGUAGGUAAAUCCAAGGAUUUGUCGUGAGAAGUUACGUCUUGCGAGGAGAAGUGUGUGUGUGUGGUUUUCUGGGACGUGGAGUUGGGUUGGAGUUUUUGAGGAAUUCCAGGGGGUGGAGAGAAGUGAGAGAUUCUUCUGUGCGAGGGGGCGAGGUUUGUGGGUAUUGUGGGGGGUUUGGUGGUAGUUUUUUUUUGGGUGCUUGGGUUAAAAUUGUGGUAGAGGAUAGGUAAUCAGCAACCAUGAGUGGGGACAACAGGUUAGAGUGAUGGGAGUGUUGGCGGAACGCUAAAGUUUCGGGAGGGAAGAGAGAAAACAGAGAAAGAGAAAUAGAGGCAGAGAGAGAGAGACAGAGAGCGUAUGUGUGUGAUUUGGGGGUCGCGUAGCUUGUUUGCUGGUCUCGUUGGGUUCGCGGACUCGCUCGCAGUGGAUAUUCAUUCGCCGCUCUCUAAAUGUCAGGAGAGGAAGAUCUGUAUCUCCAUCAGUCGGAAGCGGAGGCGCUAUUUUUCUCGGAUGUGCUGCUUGACAAUGCGGAUGAACUUAAUUUUGAGGCAUUUGGCGACGUUAAUGGACUUGAUGAUGGCACGUUUAACAGCAUUGCAGGGUCCGAUUUGACCGCAUUCGAAACCCGAGAUAUUUUCAAGUCUUCGGGAUUGAACGGAGAUUCGUUUGUAGACGAGGUUGAGGCCAGGUGUGAUGCUAAUUCUGUUAUCCAGCAGGAAGUGGCUGGAAACGGUGCUCCGUACCUAAAUGGAACCCUGCACACCAACUAUGGUUUUAACAAACCAACAUUGGACCUGGAGAAUAUUAGCAUGGCAUAUGGUAUGUCCGGACUUUAUGCUCCAGGAAAUGGGGUAACAGGGAUGGGAUCCCCUUCGAGGCCUACAACGAGCCAGGCUGUGUCCUCAGUCUUAGUGUCGCCGGCUAUGGCGGCAUCUGAGAAAUUGAACGGGCUUACUCUAAGUCAAAUGGCACCUCCCUAUCGCUCAUCUUCGUUUGAUAAGCAGACUACUGCAAGUGUAGGAUUUUCAUCAGGGAUGGUUUAUCCUUCUACGAGAGCAGUGUCUUCGGCAAAGGGUGGAACGAAGCAGUUCACGUCAUCUUCACAGCCUUCACCCGAUGUGCAUAUGGUGACGUCGCAGCCAGCUACUAACGGAAUGUCUAGGUUUGUAAGUCAGGAGAUGUCUGCUGCAGAGAACAAAGGCCUGCCUCCCAUUAAUGGCAGUUCGUCACCUGUGUUGUCUCCAAGCUCCUCUGAUGGUAAAGAACACGUCGAGCGGAUCAUUGGUUGUGAAAGUGGGAUGAAAAUGUCGCAAGAAAAACAAUACUGUAGCAUGCAAGAGGGAGCAGUUGACACUGACAGCUUUGUCGAUCAGGUGGAUGGAGAUGGUGAUGGUUUGCAACCUCUCCCUCAAAUGACUCGACCGAGCAUGCAGCGAAGUUACAGUAGUCAUGCUCUGGGCCAGCUCCGACACAUUGGCUCUGCACUACCCUCAAUGGAGAAUGGAACAACUUCUCGCCACUCGCAGAUUGAUCGACGUGGAGGAUUGACAAGUCCAGGAGCGCGCCUACAGCCCAACCUGGCAGAGUUUCAGAGCAUUGGUAUGCGUCGUGUCUACAGUGCGGGGGAUAUUCAGACUUUGAAUGGCAUGCAAAGUGGAUUGAAGGGGAGUUCAUCCCCAAGUUUUGACGAUGGCAACUACAGGGUGGGGAAAUAUAGUUUGGAAGAACGGAAAAUAAGGAUAACCAGGUAUCAGCAAAAGCGGUCUCAGCGCAAUUUCAACAAAAAAAUUAAGUCUUUAAAUGAUCACAAAUCAUCCUGGAUUCUGAUGCAAUGCUCUUUCAGUACGCCUGCCGCAAAACGUUGGCGGAUAGUCGUCCCCGAGUUCGUGGUCGUUUUGCAAAGAACAUGGACGAUGAUAUACCGACUGCCCUUCUGGGGCGCAAGCGUGAAGAUGAUGAGGAUGAGGAGGGUGAUGCGCAUGUUGGAGAAGGAACCAAUGGAUUUCUUUUCGGGAAUUCCUCGGGAGAUUAUUCCGAUAUUCUUACAUCUAUAAAAAAAGAGCAUCGCACAGUGAACAGUAUGUAAAUUGGAAACUCACAAAAUUGUUGCGUUUACGAGUUGGCUGGAUGUUUUCUCUGGUCAAUAACCCCCACCAACUUCACUGAUUUCAUCUUAGUGUUUAUGAAUCUUUUCAAGCUUGGACGUCUGUCACCUGGAGGACGAUUGGCACCUUCUGGAUACCUUUACAUCGGCCUCUAGUAGUUGUUCUAUGCUUUCAGUGGUGAGCUUAUGUUGUAGAGCAAGCGGGAGACUAUUUUAGUUGAUCGAUUUUCUAAACACUAACGCAUCAAUAUUACCAUUAAUAGAGUGGGAAGAUACGGUGGAUAUUGUGCAGUGGUGUUCUUUCAUUUCAAAUUAGUGGUUGCUUAAGCACUGGAGUUGUGUUUUGUGCGAGAAGAGGGUGCACAUGGAGUUGCAGUGUGAUGCUGUAGACAUCUAUGAACAAGGCAAUCAGUUCUGUAAUUAUUGGAUGUAGCAGAAAAGCAAACCCAUUUGUAAUAUGGCAAGUUGCGUUGUUUUCUUACAAGAGCUGCAAGGCGAAGUGCUUGUAGGAAUACACUUUUCUGCUGGUUUUUCCUUGGUCCCUUGCUUCUGGUGAUUUUUCCCUACCCAAACCAGAUUUUUAAGGGAAGGUUUGUCAAAUCACCUUAGCUAAAGGUAGUUUGCUAAGUAUUUUAUGGUAGUGUGAAAAGAGCAUGAGAGGAGCAUGUGUGAAGAACAUUUCCCAGUGAUUCUCCGUUCACUAGUUUGAUCAAUAACAGGAUUGCUUGGUAGUCCGCUACACAAGCUUCAUGCCUGAAACUCUUCAUCCGUUGAUAGUGUAAUCAAUGAAUAAUGGGGAUGCUCUCUCGAUUGACCGCCACUAAUGUGCUUGGUCAGCUGCACACAAUUGUAGCUACUGCAAUAGCUUUCUCAUAAAUGUCAAGCUACUACUUCUGCUUUGAAUAAAACUUUCCCAGGGAAUGGUAUGCCAAUUCUAUUUCAACUUU